AUGCGAAGAGCAAGUAAACGUGCAGUGUCAUGUCGAUUAUCCUUUUGCAUUCAUUCCCGGAAUCAAGAGGGCAUCAUUCGGAGCAAAGAAGCCAGCACUGGUUCGGCUCUUAUUACUGUGCAACGUGAUAAGGGAGAGAAUCGGAUAAUUGUAGUUCCAGGAUCCAACAUGCUCCUGUCCACCGCGGAUAUAGAUCACGCUGCGGCAGAGGGAUUUCUGGACGCUCGUGUGGUAGUCUGCCAAUUUGAGAUCAGCGGAAAAUCUACCCUUCAUGCUCUAAAACUGGCUCGCCAAAAAGGAAGGAUGACUAUUCUGAACCCAGCACCACCACCAAAUAAAGCCCCGGGGAACGCCGAGUUACUUCCAGAAAUGCUCAAAUUGUGCGACUAUUGUUGUCCCAACGAAACCGAGGCACUACAGUUAAUAAGUUCUGCAGGAGACAAAAAUGAUACCUCAGCGGGGAUAGGGUCAAUAGACAGCUAUUCCCACUGCUUGUGUUGGCUCGCUGAACACGGAGUAGUAAACCCCAUCGUUACAAUGGGUUCCAAAGGACUGGUCGCGUUGGCUGCCAAAUCAUCUAUUCCGGUCAAUUUGACAAAAGAUGUGUCCGUUGUGCGAGACGUUGUAGUCAAUGGCCAGAAAAAAUGUGUCGUACAUGUGGACGCUCCGCAUGUUCCCAAAGUGAUUGAUACAACACUAGCACAAAAUGUUAAAAUUAAAAACUGUGGAGUUGCGGUUUUUGCUCCCUAUAAAACAACCUCAUUUCAACAGUAA